CCUGCAAGGCGACUUUCUUUCUCCCGGUUCGCUGAAAGGCAAGCUGAGGCUCGGCCGGGAAAAGGCUGCGUGAAGUGCGGCGCGCGGCCCCAGCUCGAGGGCCUACUGUUGUUCCUGUAAGAAGCCCAAGGUGUGCCACGAGCCCAGGACCGGAGAGGCGGGGACCGAGGAGGCGCUCAGGUCCUUAGGGAGCCAAGCGGGUCCAGUUUUGCGCGCCUUGGGGAUCCCGCAGACCCAGCCCGGGAGAGAGAGUCGGAAAAUGCCCCAGGUCUGGCCCGGAGCCGGGGCCGGGCCCGCCCGAGGCCUCCCCGGCGCGGCCUCCACUCCCCCCCUCCUCCCCUCGGCGGGCGGGGCGGGGCGCGAGCACAAAAGACUCCAACUUCCGAGCGGGCGCGGGCCCACCCCGCCAACUCCUGGCCCAGGCCCGGCCCGCGGAGAGGAGGCGGGCAGGGAACGCCAGGGCGGCCGGGAGCGGGAGCUGGAGCGGGCGCGGGCGGGCCCGGCCGGCGACCCAAGGCGGCGGGGCCGAGUGGAGGGGAAGGGUGCAGGAAGUGUUAUAACUGGAUCUCGAUCUGGAUGUUUGUCCUGCCUCCUGAAUAUUUCUCCUGUCGAAAACUCACCUAAAUCAAUGGUGCAACCUCCACGGAGCAGCCGGGUGGCUUCCCAGAGCACACGAGGACCGUAAGCCCUUCAGCUGUAGACUUCCCUGAAGGCUGGGAAGAUAAGAUUCUCCAUGCAUCGUCCGACUCAUGAUUCUGUGAUUGUAUUUUUCACAUCCCAGUGAGAGACUUUAUUUUGGGGGGCUCCAAAAUCACUGCAGAUGGUGACUGCAGCCAUGAAGUUAAAAAACACUUGCUCUUUGAAAGAAA